AUGACAACAAUAUCAACAGUAAUAUCACAAACUUUGAAAGAUGAACCAGAUUUAACAAAAGUUGAUAAUAUUUUAACAAAAUUAUUUUUAAUAUUUCCACAUUAUUGUUUCGGACGUGGUUUAUUCGAUUUAAGUACAACCUAUCAAACGAAUAUAAUUAGUCUUAGAUAUAUACCGGGUUAUGUUCCUAAAUCACCACUUCAAUUUGAUAUUGUUGGUCGAAAUAUAAUGUGCUUAUCUAUUGAAGGUUUUGUCUUCUUUAUAUUUGCAAUAUGUGUUCAAUAUCGAGUUUUUAUUUCUGAUCGUAUUUGUGUUCGAACAUCAAAAAAUUUAAUAUCAUCAAAUGAAGAUGAGAAUGUAGCUGCUGAACGACAAAGAAUUUAUGCAGAUCAUAAUAAUAUAAAUGGUGAUGUUUUACGUAUUAUUGAUUUACUUAAACUCUUAAAAAAAAUAUGUAUUGGUGUUAAACAAGGUGAAUGUUUUGGUUUAUUAGGUAUAAAUGGUUCAGGAAAAUCGACAACAUUUAAAAUGUUAACUGGAGAAAUUUCAAUGACAAAUGGAAAUGCAUUUGUCAAUAAUUAUAGUGUUAUUAAACAAUUAGAUGAUGUUCAUCAAAAUUUAGGUUAUUGUCCACAAUUCGAUGCACUUGAUUCUUUAUUAACAGCACGUGAACAUCUUUAUUUUUAUGCUCGUUUACAUGGAAUUAAAAGAAAGAAUAUUUCAUCUGAACCAACAACUGGAAUGGAUGCACGUGCAAAAAGAUUUUUAUGGAAUUGUAUAUUAACGUUAACUCGUAAAGAUCAUAAAUCAAUUGUAAUAACAUCCCAUUCAAUGGAAGAAUGUGAAACAUUAUGCAAUCGUCUUGUUAUAAUGGUCACUGGAGAAUUCAAAUGUCUUGGUAGUGUACAACAUUUAAAAGCAAAAUUUGGUCAUGGUUAUAGUAUUAUUGUUCGAUCAGAUAUUAAUUGUGAUACGAAAAAUAUUAUUAAUUAUAUAAAAGAACGAAUAGUAGAAGUUAAUGUUAAAGAAGAACAUACUAAAAUGAUACAUUUUCGUGUAUCAAUAAAUGUUCCAUUAUAUGAAUUGUUUAGUGUUUUAGAAAAAGCACAAGAAGAAUUAAGAAAUAUAAUUGAAGAUUAUACAGUUACACAAGUAACACGUGAUGAUGUAUUUGUUAAUUUUGCUAAAAUACAAGAAGAUAAUCAAUCAUCAAAAAAUAUUAAUGUCAAUAAUAAAGAUAAUUGUUUAAAAAGAAAUUUUUUAUAUAAAUUAUUUUUUAGACACGACAAAAAUAAUAUUGGUAAAUAA